AUUGUUUCAAAUUUGGCGGACUAUGUACGUCUGCAUUCUAUUAACCACUCACAGAACCAGCUUCGGCCCCGCCCAGACAAACCUGGGCACCGAAAUUUACCUGCAACAUUGCGUUUCAGUCACUCACUGUGUACUCUAGCAUAGUAGGUGGCGGUAAUGCACCUUUCAGUUGGUUUCCACCUGCCAUUUGAAAGACAAAAGAAGAAGUCAUUCACUGUGACAUGAACUGACAUGGUGCCAUUAGGGUUCAGAAAGUGCCCCGUUGUUGGCUGUUCCAACCAGCAUCGCAGCCUUUUCAUUUUACCAGCGGAGCAAGAAAGGAGAACUUAAUGUUAUUUUCUUGUAAAUGGACUGGUGCCGGCACCGCUGCCUAAAUGCUUCUUUGAGUCUGGACACCAUUUCACCUCCGUCUACUUUGAAAACGAGGGUUUAUUUAUUACUGGGCUUGAGGAUCAAGAAGCACUCCGUUCCUACAAGAUGUGAUCCACUUGCUGCUUCCCUAAACGUAAGUACAUGCUUGAUACUUAUUUAAUGUAUGUACUCCAGAGGUUUCUUUGUUUAUAAUCUAGCUUCCCUCCUGUGUAAGGAAUGCUAGAACAGUUGAUGCUAACAGCUACAGUGACAGAGAGAGACAGUGUUGCGAGGUGCUGCCACACAAUUUGGAUGAGUCCAAGCCUCUUCAGCAUUCGUCCGGUUACGAAUCGUAUGAUAUAUGGUACUGUGGUAAAUUCUGUUCCUCCUAUGGAGUUAUUUCUGUCCAUUGCAACAAAUGUCAAGUUGACCGUGGUGUCCCGUUGGCCACUAAAACAAGUAAACUGCUGUAGCUGAGUAAACAUGGACUUUCGAUGGACACAUAGGCACUCGCUGGUUGCUUAAACAACACAGCUUUAAAAAGUGGGCAUUGGGAGAUGUGUUCUUAGAGUGCUUCGCAGAGCGUCUGCUGCAGACAACCAGCUGACCUUUUUCGACCUCUCAGUUCUUUCUGCAGAAGAACCAGCGGGUGAAUUCGGCCAUCACCUCUCUCAUGAUUAUUCUGUGAUUGUACUAUUGUACUGUGAUUGUACACUCUGAGUCUUUCCCACCCAGACUCUAAAACUCAGAAGCCAGUUGUGUUUUGUAUUAUUUACCGUCCUCCUGCUCCAUAUUCAGAGUUCUUAACUGAAUUCUCUGAAUUCUUAUCUGACUUAGUUCUUAGCACAGAUAAAGUCAUUGUAGUGGGAGACUUUAACGUUCAUGUAGAUGUUGACAGCAACUGUCUCAGCACUGCUUUUAACUCCUUAAUAGACACUAUUGGUUUUACUCAGCAGGUAAAUGAACCCACUCAUCGUUUUAACCACACCCUCGAUCUUGUCCUGACAUAUGGGGUUGAAAUUGAUAAUUUAAUAGUUCUUCCCCAAAACCCUCUGUUAUCUGACCAUUUCUUAUUAACUUUUGAAUUUAGCACAAUUGACCUUACAAUAGCUGGAAAGAAAUGUUACUAUAGCAGAUGUUUAUCUGACAACGCUGUUGCCAGAUUCAAGCAGAUGAUUCCAUCAUCUUUUACCUCAAUGUCUUGUAGAUACACAGAGAACAGUCACCUUAAUCCUUAUGAACAGGUUGACUGUCUUGUGGAUGAUGCUGCAGCUUCUCUACGUACAAUGUUAGACACAGUGGCCCCCUUAAAUCUCAGCAGCAAUGACUUUAUGAACUACUUUACUAAUAAAAUUAUCAUCAUUAGAAAAAACAUUCAGCAGCGACUUCUUCCAAACGACAGAAAGCACUGUCUAGAUCCAUCAACUUUAAAUAUAUCAAAUCCUCUGUCUUACCUAGACAGCUUCUUCCCCAUAACUCAUAUGGAGUUAGCCUCAAUAAUCAACUCUUCCAAGUCGUCCACUUGUCUUUUAGAUCCAAUCCCAACCAGAUUACUCAAAGAGGUUCUACCUUUAAUCAGCUCAUCCAUAUUAAAUCAAAUCAACCAAUCUUUACAACUAGGUUAUGUACCACAGGCUUUUAAGGUGGCUGUGGUCAAACCUCUAUUGAAAAAAACAACCCUGGACCCUGGACAACUAGCCAACUGUAGGCCCAUUUCAAAUUUACCCUUUAUUUCUAAGAUUCUGGAAAUAAUCGUGGCUAAACAAUUAUCUGACCACCUGAGUGGGAAUAACCUGUACGAAGAUUUUCAGUCAGGAUUUAGAAAACAUCAUAGCACAGAAACAGCUCUGGUUAGAGUCACUAAUGAUCUUCUAUUAGCUUCGGACAAUGGCCUAGUUUCUGUCCUUGUCCUGGAGUACCACAGGGUUUUGUGCUUGGUCCAAUUCUGUUUAGCCUAUACAUGUCUCCUCUAGGUGAGAUUAUUAGAAAGCAUUCUAUUAAUUUUCAUUUUUACGCAGAUGAUACUCAGCUAUAUAUGUCCUUGGAACCUAAUAAAACAGAUCAACUAGUCAAAAUUCAGGGUUUCUUAAAAGACAUCAAAUCCUGGAUGUCCCAAAACUUCCUGCAACUAAAUUCAGAAAAAACUGAAAUUCUUAUUGUUAGGCCUAAAAAUCUGAGAGAGACACUAUUGAGUCAGGUAGCCACCAUGGAUGGCAUAACAUUAGCUUCAGAUUCUACUAUGAGGAACCUUGGUGUCAUCUUUGACCAGGAUCUCUCUUUUACAUCAUACAUUAAACAAAUCCCCAGAACCGCCUACUUCCAUCUUAGAAUUAUAGCUAAUAUUAGAAGCAUCCUCUCUCAGAGUGAUGCAGAGAAACUGAUGCAUGCAUUUGUUGCCUCUAGGCUGGACUACUGUAACUCCUUACUUAUAGGAUGUCCUAACAGCUCCUUAAAAAGCCUACAGCUUAUUCAAAAUGCUGCAGCCAGAGUUCUGACAGGACUUAGAAAGAGAGAUCACAUUUUUCCUACAUUAGCUUCUCUGCACUGGCUGCCUGUAAAAUGUAGGAUAGAAUUUAAAAUUCUCCUACUCACCUACAAAGUACUCAAUGAUAAAGCUCCUUUUUAUCUUAAAGACCUCAUAGUUCCUUAUGCUCCCAGCAGAACACAUUGUUCUCAGAGCGCUGGGCUACUUGUGGUUCCUAGAGUGUUUAAAUGUAAAACAGGGGGCAGAGCUUUUAGCUACCAAGCUCCUCUCCUCUGGAACCAGCUCCCUCUUCAGGCUCGAGAAGCUGACACACUCUUCACCUUUAAGAUUAGGUUUAAAACCUUCCUUUUUGAUAAAGCUUAUAGUUAGAGAUGGUUCAGGUCACUGGCAAUGAUUGUUAGUCAUAGGAACCAUCUCUUAGUUAAGCUACAAUAGACAUUGACUGCUGGGGGACUUAAUUUAUACACUGAGCUCCUCUGUUUCCUUCUACCUUUUCUGUCCACUAACCUCCCAUCAUUCUCCCAUGUUUAACUAACCUUGUCUCUUUCUCUCCAGUAGUUGUGCUUCUCUCUCUCGCUCUCUCUCUCUCUCUCGCUCUCUCUCUCUCUCCUCUACUCUGUCCUCACCUACAGGUAUCGUUGGACUCAAAGUUUGGUGUCUGUGAUGGGCAGCUGCGGAUCCAACCAUCCUGCCUGUAUCCAGUCCCUGGUCCAAUCGUCCUGCCUGUGCUCUGUUGUCUCUUGUUGUUGUUUCUUCCUCGUUAGAGAGGGAGUUUUUCCUUUCCACUGUUGCUGUCAAAUUAAAUGCUUGCUGUGUGUGGGAUUUGUUGGGUUUAGUUGUGUGAGGUUUUAAACCUUACUUUGUAAAGUGCCUUGAGACAACUUUGUUGUGAUUUGGCACUAUAUAAAUAAAAUUGAAUUGAAGUACUAUUUCAUUCUAUGUAAUAAAUUCAUUUGUGCAUAAAAGUUGAGUCCAUGUGAAAUCUCUAGCAAGGUCGGAACAUGAAAUACACGUCAGAACGGCGUCACGAAGGGCAGGCGAAAAGAAGCCGAGUACAGAACCAACCUUUGUCCGGACUGGUCCGGACGCAUGACCAUCGUCAUCAGUGAAGAUGCGUCCCAGAUGGAUGGAGAAGAAACAAAACCUGGAAGGAGAAAGAAACCAGUUCACCCCGUAGCUGGUCUAGAAGGGACAGACAGGGCAGUGAAAAGGGAUGAGUUGUUAGAACUGCCCGACGUUUGUUUAAAAACAGAAAAUCUCAUUUGGAAAUUCCUGCAGUGAAAGUGAUCUGCGUGACAAAGCAGUUAGAUCACUGUGGGCUGAGUCAGAUGAGGAAUCAGUGUGUGUGGGUGACGGACUGGUAAAUGAGGUUUCUGAUGGACUUCCUCUGCUGGUCAAAGGGGCACAGCGUCAAAAUCUGCCCUGGCCUUCAAGACCGGAUCAGAAUGGUCUGACUGACACUGUGGGACUUUGCAACUUGUCACUAGAACAAAUAACUGACCAUGUGAUUCAUGCUGUUGAGCUGCGUCAAAAGCAGGCAAAGGAGGCAGUGAAAGAAGCAACACGCCAGCAGCAGCGAAAAGAGGGGGAGAAAAGAGCUCAACCAGCCAGCGUGCCUCAGACCCCACCUACACCACCAGGCAUGGCCACACCUCAGGUGAUGUACAUUCUACCAGGAGGGUGGACAAGACGACCUCCUAUGAGGAGAGGAGGGACCCCUCCAGGCCGAGGAGCAAGACGAGGAUGCUGUGGAAAAACUGUGAACUGCUUCCUGUGUGGGAGGUAUGGACAUGUGCAAAGCCAGUGAUGGAACAAGAGUCCACCUGGACGGCCAAGGAAGGCUGAGGCUAAAGCAGGGCCACUGAGACAGUGCAGGCUGUCAGACGUGAACUGUGUCAAUGGACGUUAUCAAAAGCCGAAAAGCCAGAGGCCUCUGAAUCUGUGUUCUCACCUUGCUGUACACUUUAGUACUUUGAGACUCAGACAAAUAUCUAUAUAAUAUCUAUAAAAAAAAAUAAUAAAUAAGUCGAAUUGGUGAAAAUAACUCAGUCCUUAAAGCUGCCGAAAGGUUAAAAAUAAAUAAAAUAAAAUAAAAUAAAAAAUAAUAAUAAAAAAUUCCAAUUUUACAAGUCAAGGGAAAGGGAAAGGUAUAGAGAAUAUUUCAAAAUAAAGUUCCCAAUUCACUCACUCUGCUGUUCAGAUGCUUCACCUGAUGCUCAGUGGUUGACUGUGUUUUAUCCUCCAAGAGGUUUGGCUGUAUGUGGGUUUAUAUGAACUUUCUUUAAUAAGUUACAAUAUUUUAGUUGUAGUUUUUAUCCACAGUUGUUACAGUAUGUUGUCAUUAGAGACUCCGAUAGUCACGGGGGAAAUUACAAUUAGAUGCAGUAGUGCUUUGUGCAAAAGGUUCAACAGGUUGUUAUGUCUAAUGUGUCAUCUCUGAUAGUUUGUGAGGAUGCAGCUUAUCUUGUCUGUACGUUAAUUUCGUCAUAGAGUUACUUAAUGCAUGCAUUUACAGCACCUGAAUUAAAUAAGUUUUAUUGCAGUGAUUCUGUGUUCUUCAUGAGGUUAGUCACUAAAGCUUAAUCCUUCUUGUUUAGCUGUCAGCUGACAUCGAGGGUGUAACCUUGAAGUUUAGAUGCUGUAUAAGGUUCUUAAUUUCACUUAGUUUAUUAAGUCCCAGUAAGGAUAGGUAAGUGUAAGAAAUGAUUUUUAGGGGUUUUACUAAUGUGCCGAUCUUAGGUUAGCGAUUCGAUUGUCCUCACUUUCUAAAUUAGUAAUUUGUAUAAUCACUUGGAUGCAGUAGGUGUGUAUGGAAAGAGUGAAAAUGAAAAUGAAUGACAGGAGACUUGUAUGUGUGGCGUCUGCUGUGGGACUAAUCUUCUAUUCUGUUUCUGUUGUGUCUCAUCCCAAGUUGACGAACUUAUUCGAAGGAGGCCUGUUGGUUCAAAAGUGUUUGAGUCGGUUCAAAUGUUGAAUUGGAGUGUAAAUAGCUUGCGCUAAAAAAAGAAGAGGAUGAUCUCAGCAGGAUUCCUAGUGGAGUGAGAGAAAAAGAGAUGGUAGCAUGGUACAGUAUGUGAGGGAGGAAAGGAGUUCAAGGAGUGAAGGAAAGGUAAAGUGUGAAUGUUGACAAUAGAGAGAUGAAACAGUGCUGUGAACCUUGCAUUUGAGUGUGUAGCUUGUAAAAAAUAUGCAGAACGCAUAAAACUAACAUUGCAUGAAGCUUUGCUUGACAGAAUAGUGUUUUAAUGCAUCAACCAGUGACCUACGUUUUUAUGUAAAACAGAUAAUUAUCUGUCACUGGUUGAUGCAUUAACAUCAUUAACAAACCCAGGAGUGCUGUACUGUUCCAUUGCAGGAAAGAAGAGGACAAAGAAGAUCAAACUCCGGAUCACUGAUGGGCCCUGAGUGACACUGCUGACUCAUUUAGCAGAACAAGGUCACAGGCUAGCCUUUCUAAAUUAUAGUUCUCAUAGAGCAAGAGUUUCUCUCUUAGCUCACGUGCACGAUAAAAACCCUGAGCUCAUGACAGUGACAUGACUGACUGAUACUGUAUAUGCUCUACGGACUGACCAUGACACGUGUCAAUGAUGUUUAUUGUUGUUGAUUUUAUAUAAUGAGGGUUUAACCAUUUUCAUUCUGCAUCUCAGUGUGUUGUUGCACACAGGAAGCUCACAUUCACAACUUCAACCCCUUCUUUAGGCGGAGCAGCAGUGGAGAAACUGUGUCAGCAUAAACAGCUCACUCAAACUGAUUUUGAGCGAUAAAUUCAUGUGUUAAUUUGAGCAUAAAAGUUGAGUCUGUGUGAACUCUCUAACAAUGUCGGAACAUGAAAUACACGACAAAACACUACGUACGUGUAUUGUGCUGUUUGACAGUAUCCUGGCAUCAGAACAAUACAAUUAUAAGCUUUUCUGAUGGAAACCAAUAGAAAAACACUAAAACAUUGUUUUGAAGCCUUUCAGGCCAUGAAAGCACAGUUUAAAUGACGGCAAUUGCAACUGUGCUUUUAGGGUGUAUUGAGCUGUUUUACUUUAGUCUGGCAUCAGAACAUGACCAUUAAAAGCUGUAAUGUUAGGAACCAAUGCAGAAACACUAAAACAUCGUUUUGGAGCUUUUCAGGCCAUAAGAAAACUAGUUUAAACCACGGCAAUUGCAACUGUACUUUUAGGGUGUAUUGACCUGUUUGACAGUAUCCUAGCAUCAGAACAUGACCGUUAGAGGCUGUUCUGAUGGAAACUAAUGCAGAAACACUAAAACAUCGUUUUUGAGCUUGUCAGGCCAUAAGAAAACUAGUUUAAACCACGGCAUAUGCAACUAUGCUUUUAGGGUGUAUUGACCUGUUUGACAGUAUCCUGGCAUCAGAACAUGACCAUUAGAGGCUGUUCUGAUGGAAACCAAUGCAGAAACAAUAAAACCUCGUUUUUGAGAUUUUCAGGCCAUAAGAAAACUAGUUUAAACCAUGGCAAUUGUAACUGUACUUUUAGGGUGUAUUGAGCUAUUUGACAAUAUCCUGGCAUCAGAACACGACCAUUAUAGGCUGUUUUGAUGGAAACCAAUGUAAAGACACUCGUUUUGUAGCUUUUCAGGCCAUAAGAACACUAGUUUAAACCACGGUAAUGUCACUGUGUAUUUAGGGUGUAUUGAGCUGUUUUACUUUAGUCUGGCAUCCGAACAUGACCAUUAAAAGCUGUUCUGAUGGAAACCAAUGUAAAAACACUAAAACAUUGUUUGGGAGCUUUUCAGGCCAUGAAAAAAAUACUUUGAACCACGACAAUUGCAACUUUGCUUUUGAGCUGUUUACUUUAGUUUGGCAUCCGAACAUGACCAUUAUAAGCUGUAAUGUUAGAAACCAAUGCAGAACCACUACAACAUCGUUUUGAAGCCUUUCAGGCCAUGAAAACACUAGUUUAACCCAUGGCAUUUGCAACUUUGCUUUAGGGUGUAUUGAGCUGUUUGACAGUGUCCUGGCAUCAGAACAUGACCAUUAUAAGCUGUUCUGAUGGAAACCAAUGUAAAAACACAAAAACAUCGUUUUGGAUCUUUUCAGACCAUGAAAACACUAGUUUAAAGCAAGGCAAUUGCAACUGUGCUUUUAGGGUGUAUUGAGCUGUUUGACAGUAUCCUGACAUCAACACAUUACCAUUAUAAGCUGUAAUGUCAGAAACCAAUGUAGAAACACCAAAACAUCGUUUUGGAGCUUUUCAGGCCAUAACAAUACUAGUUUAAACCACGGCAAUUGCAAUUUUGCUUUAGGAUAUAUUGAGCUGUUUGAUAGUAUCCUGGCAGGACCAUUAUAAGCUGUUCUGAUGGAAACCAAUGUAAAAACACUAAAACAUCGUUUUGGAUCUUAUCAGGUCAUGAAAACACUAGUUUAAACCCCGACAAUUGCCACUGUGCUUUUAGGGUGUAUUGAGCUGUUUUACUUUAGUCUGGCAUGAGAACAUGACCAAUAUAAGCUGUAAUGGUAGAAACCAAUGCAGAAACACUAAAACAUUGUUUUGGAGCUUUUCAGGCUUUAAGAAAACUAGUUUAAACCACAGAACGUGCAACUGUGCUUUUAGGGUGUAUUGAGCUGUCUUACAGUAGCUUGGCAUCAAAACAUGACUACUAUAAGCUGUAAUAUCAGAAACCAAUGCAGAAACACUAAAACAUCGUUUUUGAGUUUUUCAGGCUGUAAGAACACUAGUUUAAACCAUGGCACAUGCAACUGUGCUUUUGGGGUGCAUUGAGCUUUCUUACAGUAGCUUGGCAUCAGAACAUGACUAUUAUAAGCUGUAAUGUCAGAAACCAAUGCAGAAAACCUAAAACAUUGUUUUGGAGACUCGAAGGCUAUAAAAACACUAGUUUAAAUCACAACAUGAUCAAUAUAAGCUGUAAUGUUAGAAACCAAUGCAGAAACACAAAAAUAUCGUUUUGGAGUUUUUCAUGCCAUAAAAACACUAGUUUAAAUCACAACACGACCAUUAUAAGCUGUAAUGUUAGAAACAAAUGCAGAAACACUAAAACGUCGUUUUGGAGCAUUUCAGGCCAUAGGAACACUAGUUUAAACCUCCGCACGUGCAACUGUGCUUUUAGGGUGUAUUGAGCUCUCUUACAGUAGCUUGGCAUCAGAACAUAACCAUUAUAAGCUGUAAUGAAAGAAACCAAUGCAGAAACACUAAAACGUUGUUUUGGAGCUUUACAGGCCAUAAAAACACUUGUUUAAAUCACGACACGACCAUUAUAAGCUGUAAUGUUAGAAACCAAUCCAGAAACAAUAAAAAAAUGUUUUGGAGCUUUUCAGGCCAUAAGAACACUAGUUUAAACCACAGCACUUGCAACUAGGUUUUUAGGGUGUAUUGAGCUGUCUUACAGUAGCUUGGCAUCAGAACAUGACUAUUAUAAGCUGUAAAGUUAGAAACCAAUGCAGAAACACUGAAACGUUGUUUUGGAGCUUUUCAGGCCAUAAGAACACUAGUUAAAACCACAGCACGUGCAACUGUGCUUUUGGCGUGUAUUGAGCUGUCUUACAGUAGCUUGGCAUCAGAACAUAACCAUUAUAAGCUGUAAAGUUAGAAACCAAUGCAGAAACACUGAAACGUUGUUUUGGAGCUUUUCAGGCCAUAAGAAAACUAGUUUAAACCAAGGCACUUGCAACCAUGCUUUUACGGUGUAUUGAGCUCUCUUACAGUAGCUUGGCAUCAGAACAUAAUCAUUAUAAGCUGUAAUGUCAGAAACCAAUGCAUAAAACCUAAAACAUCGUUUUGGAGUCUCGAGGGCCAUAAAAACACUAGUUUAAAUCUCGACACGACCAUUAUAAGCUGUAAUGAGCUUGAGCUAAGUAUAAGCAUAAGAACACUAGUUUAAACCACGGCACUUGCAACUGUGCUUUAAGGGUAGCUUGGCAUCAGAACAUGAUUAUUAUAAACUGUAAUAUUAGAAACCAAUGCACAAACAGAGAGAAGCCAAAAUCAUUACUUGUAAUGUGUCACCGACUAUACAUUUGGUCAUAAGCAUGAAAUGUGAACAAAGCAAAAGCAGAACUGUAACUGAAAACAGAAAAUUCUCACAGGUAAUAGUGUCUGUUGUCUAAGAACUGAGCAAACAGCGCCCCCUGGCAGGGCUGAGGAGAAAUGUAAAAUCUUACAGUACCUGGGAUUCCCAGGCGGUCUCCCAUCUAAGUACUAACCAGGCCCGACCCUGCUCAGCUUCCGAGAUCAGACGAGAUCAGGCGUGCUCAGGGUGGUAUAGCCAUAAGCGAGAGCAGCGCGUGACAGGAGCUCUUUUAAACUUGGCAAGCCACGCCGUUGCAUCCAUUUGCCUGGAUGUGGCGUUUGUAAAGGACUUUGAGCAUUUUGGGACGUACACAGAAGGUGGCCAUUUUGGACUCAACAUAAUGUCCUUUUUGUGUAUUUUGCGCUCCCUUCAAAGAGCACAAACAGAGAGAAGCCAAAAUCAUUACUUGUAAUGUGUCACGGACGAUAGGCAUGAACUGUGAACAAAGCAAAAGCAGCACUGUAACUGAAAACAGAAAAUUCUCACAGGUAAUAGCGUCUGUUGCCUAAGAACGAUGCAAUUAUAGGAGUUACAAAUAAUUGAACAAUCUGGGUGAAAAACAAAAGUAAGACAAAACAUAAGACAUAAAUUUUAGACCAUAAUUCAAAAAUCAUAUCAUAACUGCAUAGAAAAAGGAAGAGAAAACAUUUUUUCCCAUAACACUGUGCAAUACAAUGUGGAUCUUAGUAAACAGUGCCCUCUCAAGAUGCAGAUGGACUUUCACGUCGGACACACGGAGAACUUCAGAUUUAUGCUGUAUCAAGAAAAGAGCGUGAAAGGAUUAAACACUUCACUCUGCAUUAUCUGAAGGAACCGGAGAGUACAGAUGGUGUCCUUUCGGAUGCAGUGAAAGCGAUAUGUGAAAGGCAUGAUGUCAAGUGGUACCCUAAAGACUUCGGGUAUCCAUUAGUUACGCUUGUUGAGUCACUUGCCGUCCAUUCUGAUGAUCUGCCAAGUGCGUUUCAGGAGGAAGAUGAUCAUGGGUUCCCUGUCAUCGGUCAUUAGACUGAAGAGGAGAUAAAAGCAAAGCAAAGAGCUGACCCUGAUCUCAGAGUGCUCAUUGAGCACAAGGAGUCUGGAGAUACGCCCUCUCCUUCCCUGAGAUGGGAGCUUCCAGACUUUGUUCUGUGGCUUAGAGAAUGGAAGCGUCUGGAGCUGAGGAGUGGGCUGUUAUACAGAUCGCGACAAGAACAUGGACAGGUGUCACAUCAGCUAGUACUACCCAUUAAACUAAGAGCCGCAGCACUGAAAAGCCUACAUGAUGAUCUAGGUCAUCUGGGUACUGAGCGGACGCUUGACCUUGCGAGGUCACGAUUCUAUUGGCCUAGAAUGUCCGCAUGUGUGGAGCAUAAGGUCAAGGAGUGUGAACGAUGUGUGCGUCGUAAGACCCCAGUUGAGAGGGCAGCUCCCUUGUGUAACAUCCAGACGUAUGUAUGGAUUUUCUAUCGGUGGAGCCUGAUCAAAGCCACACAAAGGAUAUAUUGGUACUGACAGACCAUUUCACUAAGUACGCAGUUGCAAUUCCAACUUGAAACCAGAAGGCGCAGACUGAGGCAAAGUGCUUAUGGGAGAACUUCCUGGUACACUAUGACUUUCCAGAAAAACUACUUAGCGACCAGGGUCCGGACUUCAAAUCUCGCACCAUAAAAGAACUGUGUUCCAUUGCUGGCAUUCAAAAGGUCAGGACUACCCCCUACCACCCUCGGGGAAAUCCAGUGGAGAGAUUUAACAGGACCCUCCUCCAGAUGCUGGGUACUCUGGAAAACAAGGACAAGUCGCAUUGGAGGGAGUUUGUCAAGCCGUUGGUGCACGCUUAUAACUGCACUCGGAAUGAUGUAACUGGGUUCAGUCCCUAUGAACUGAUGUUCGGCAGACAGCAUCGAUUGCCAGUCGAUUUGGCAUUUGGUCUGCCUGUGAACAAAGAACCCAAGUCACAUUCCCAGUAUGUCCAUGACUUGAGAGUUCGCCUUGAGGAAAGCUAUCGAAUCGCCGCAGAGAGUGCCUCCAAGAUAGCUGAGCAUAACAAGCAACGCUUUGACAAAAACACAAAUUGGCUGAUAAAUGGGAAUGGGACGUCCUCAUUGUGGUCAAGCGUGCUGGUGACCUACCUGUGUAUACUGUCAUACCGGAGGGCAGAGAUGGACCACUUCGCACGUUGCACCGUGAUCUUUUGCUGCCGUGCGGGUUCUUACCUGUGGCUGAAUCUCUACCAUCACCGAAGCAGACCGUCAGCGGGUCCAGAACAAGGAGACAAUCCAGAAUGGGAGUCACAGACGAGUUUAGAGCAGCUGAUGAUAAUUCAGAGUCUGAAGACAAUGAUUAUCAUCACUACUUACCUGGAGAGAUGUUGCACACCGACUAUGAACUUGAAACACGACUCUUGACCUGGCCAGAGGCAGUACCUUUUAGAGAGUGGCAUGUGAGAGGAACCAAGCAACCAACAAUGUCCGCAGAUGGUGUACUUCCCGUUCCUGUUAACUUGGAAGGAAAGGCGAGGACAUUAAAUGUGGAGGGACAGAAGGCAGAGAAAAGACAUGAACCAGUGGAAAUCCUUCCAUCCCACUCAGAGAAACUUCCUGCUUGUACAGAUGAAAUGACACGUGAGCCAAGCUCUGGUGGGCCUAGUUGCUCUGGGUGGAAAGAAAACUCGGCAGUUGCUAACACAGAGGAUGAAGUCAUCUCAGAGGACAGAGGAAAUAAUUUUCCUAAUGUGAGAAGAGUUUCAAUUGAACAUUCUCAGAAUGCUCCUGAUGUUUCAAGACAAGAAGGUGAGACCUUACCUGUCCAACUGAGCAAAUCGGAAUCUUCCUCAACACCGAAAAUUUCUCAGUCAUUCAGUGACCGCAGCCAAAAUGAAGAAUACCUUGUCAAUGAACCCUUUGAGGAGGUAUCAAGGGACAGGACCAGUGAGGGGCUAGCAGGCAAGGCAUCUGAGGGAGGAGCGGCCUCUCCAGUUAUUAUGGGAGAGGGUGAGAGUGACACUAAUCCCAGGCGUUCACAAAGGCAUAGAAACCAACCUGACAGACUACGGUAUGGCCAACUAGGGAAUCCCUUACUGCCUAUAGUCCAGUCACUCUUUCAAGGCCUCAACCUUGCUCUUGCAGAUGCGCCCCAGAGCCCUAGUUAUGCAGACGUUUCCCAUGUACUCUCUAGACUACGUCAUGGUCAUAUGGGUGUGAUGGGACAUACACACCUUUAGGAGGGGAGGGUGUAACCCAGGUUACCAGGUUUAAAUAGCGGUCCAGCUUAUCAAUUGAUUAGUCAGGGGAAUAAAUGGAUCAAUAUGAUUAAUUGGAAAAAAAGGGGAAAAAAAGAGUAAUAAAUUGUAUUUUUGAAUAAUUCAACAUGUAUGCACAAACAUGUAGGUGUAUGUAAACAAAUGUACAAAAUUUAUCACGUCUUUAAAAAGAAAAAAAAAACGUUUUGGCUACUUUAAAUAAGUUUUCAGCAAGCCCACUUGAAACGGGAAUACGAGGAGUUCAUGAGAUGCGGUGUGAGCGAUUGGACGUUGUCACGUGAUACGGGUCAUUCUGCCAAGCCAAAGUCAAGGUGCCUACACACUAACUUUUGCUGCAGACUGUUAGUUCUACGUGUAAGAGAGACAAUUAAUUUGAUCUAUUGUGGUCAUAAUCGGCGUGGGACAUAGUCUCUUCGGCUGUGAAGUCGCUGGCGGACAGAGCGUCGUGCCAAAGAUACGACGAAGUAAGUUAUGAUCGUUAGACGCUAUGGCACUAGCUUGGACUGGCAGCCGCAUGGGUUUUGCUAGCGCUAGCUUGACACGAUGUAUAUCUGAACCCCCGUGUUCCUGUUUCAUCUGAAAGCGACACCUGGAUAACUGAGGGCCAUGUGAUGUGCAAUUGUGCCGAAGCGUGUGUGUGUGUUGUGUGAUGCUUGAGCCUCUGGUGAGAAAAAUGCUGUUACUAAUAAUAACGAAAGGUGGAAUGUGCGGAUGCUACUUAUGAUUUGGAGCUAAAGGUGCUAAAUUAAUGGGCGUUACGAGUAUGUAUGUAUGUGUGUGUAUGUAUAUAUGAAAAGGAAGACUGUUUAUGUUAAGAUGGUUAAAUACGUUUUCUUCUUUUUCUGUUUUAUUUUGGUGAUAAAAUGUGGCAAGUGUAUAGUCGUUUAACCAUUUUGUCAAAUGUAAAUAUUGAGGGACAUGUUCAGUCUGAUUUAUAAAUAACAAGAAUGGUUAUAAUUGUUAUGUGGACAUUGUUGUAACCCUCUGUUGGCCUAAUUAGGCCAACAGAGUGCUGGGAUUCCUCUUGGUCCUGAAGAUAAAGAGGAACUCCAAAACCACCAAUUGUGACUUGAAGUAGGAUGUUUCUGUAUUACUGGUAGAAAAAUGUCUCAUACUGCUGUUAAUGUGUCAUUGAUGUGACACGUUACGGUGACCAACCAUGCUGGGGACAAGCUUUAGCUAUAAGAAACCCAGAUACAGCUAGGGAACACUGACAGAGUCCUAACAUUGUACAGCUUGGGUAGGCUGCACUGUUCCCAGAAGCAAAGCUAUACUAGGUCGAUGCGUGUAGUGGACAGAGCAAGCCCCUACUCCAUCUCCCUGUUUCAAAAAGCAAUUUAAUAUAUGGUUCCCAUCUAGGAAAUGUAUCAGAUAUUAAACUGAUAAGAACAGAUACUACACUUGAUCUUAGCCAAAAGGCCGAGAAGUGAUGAGCCAACCUCUUUGCUGCCAGAGGCAGCCUCCUCUGGUGCUGCUUACUUGUCAGGGGGCUGUGCGUUGAGUUGGACAGGCAAUAGUGUCUGCUUAGCCCACCCAAGCCCCUACUCUCUGAAAAUACCCACGGGCCUUCUGCAAGGUAGCCAUGCUGUGCUUCAAUGAGAAACAGACCAAAGGAAGUUGAGGCAUUGACAUUUCCAAGAGUGCAUAGUGACAACUUCCCAACAGAGACAUACACAAAUGUAGCUGUGUCACAUGUUUACUGACACUGUGGAAAGUCAAUAUAUUCCCUCCAGUGAAAUAGUAAAAACUUGACCCAUUUUGAAUUUGUCCUUUACGUGAAAGGACACAGCUUUACAUAGAGAUGCCUUUAAGCCUCCAAUUGACCCUUUUGCUAACUCACUAGCAUGUUUUGUAAACCUGGGAGGCAGGAGCAGCGCUGGCCAGACAGCGUUAGCUCGACACGGUCUUGUAAUUUGCAACAGAAUCAUUCAGGCCUCAUUCAAACAGCUCACAUCAUCCAAAUGUCUACACGCUUAGUUAGUCUCAAAGGCCUCGCUGCUGUAGUCGUCUCAAAGGUGCGGCACCACUACAUCGGCUUAUUUGCUGCCAGGCUAGUGGCAGUCCGUUAGGCUACACCGCGGCAUAAGGAAGUUUUUUUCCAACAGCUGGCCUAUAAGGCACUCAUCGCCUAACAUUUGCCGUGCUUGCUCAGGCAGCCCACAUGAUAAAUUGCAAACGAUACAGAGAAGAUUAGCAUGGCCCCUGCGAAAGGAUGACACGCAAAUUUGCGAAGCGUUUCCACAUUUUGAUGUGCCUUUAUUACUCCUAACGGAAGCACAACUUUUUUCAGACAUAGAUGUGCACGGCUUGUUUACAGAUUUAAAAAGAUGAACUCAGUGAGGUCAAAUUUGGUGCAGAAAUUGUUAUAUGUGUUUGCUCUGGAAGUGGUAGGUUUGUGGGUAGGACAAAGCCCAAAGUGGGAAAAAAGUGCUUGUGAUCAGAGAGAGCUGAGGGGGUGUGAUAUUACAACUUCGAAACAGAGUCAUACUCAAAUGUAGCUGACACGGUGGAAAGUGCAGUCAUUCCACCCAGUGACGUAGUGCUGACUUGACCCAUUGGUACUUUGCCCUGCCUACUGGAGCAAACGAUGCCACAGUAGCAUGCUCAUCAAUGUGUGUUUUUCACAAAACUGUGACGGCACUGCCUAUAGGCAGAGCCUGCCAAAAAUUAUAUCAACUCGCCAGCGUUCCUCUGCGUUUUGAAGAGAAACCAGAGCCAACCUGGCCCACCGCCACAGCCGAAGCCAAAGUCCCUUGUCGUACAAGCCACAGUCAUCACGGGACGCGUGCCUCUGACUUGCAGUGUUUCAUGAACAUCUGUAUUGAUUUAGAUUUUCUUUCAGCUACUGUUUGAGUUGAGUUUUAAAGUGGGGAAUGUAGGACAUUCUUUUAAUUUAGUAAAUUGUAAAUUGUUUUCCAUAUUUUACUACUCUGAAAGUAGUUGAAAGUAGCAGUUCUUUUGAGAGGCAAUUCACAGUCUCCUCUGGAGGAGGAAGCCCUCGUCCGGACGCCACUGGACGUUUUUAUUUUAAAAGGUCAGACAAGGGAAAUUUACAAAUAAUAAAAAGUAACAAAAAAACACAAUAACAACUGUGCUAAAAUAUUACGAGAAAAAAAAGAUGGGUGUUGCACAAAGCCAUAAAAAGCAAUUAAGACAGAAAUUUGAAGAUACAGUAUCCUCGUUAAAAUUAUUUACUUUACUUUACUUGUACAUAAGUCAGGGUGAGGUAAAGUGCGGGAUCCAUCUAAAAGAGGCUGGAAUUGGUUGGUCCUCCUUCCAAACAACGAUAGAAUAAGACAGGAUGAGUUUAAAAGAAUAAGUGAAGCCAGGACCUGUCACUGAACCUGUAUACUGUAUCUAAUUUCUAAUCUCUCUGAUCCCUUUAAUUUGAAACACACCAACUUAUUAUUUAACCACAUAACACAUGAGAAAAUGUAUUAUAGCUGUGAGCUGCAACAACGAGCGCUCACAGACUUACCAGCAUAACUACUGGUGCUACUGCUAUGGGGCUAAUUAGAGCCACAACACCCGCAGACUUCACUACUCUCCAGAACCUCCAUCUGCUCAUUAUUCUAUGUUCACUGUUGCUGACCUGUUCAGCAGAACCCAUUCGAUUUUAGUUCAUCUCCCUCUUUCUCUAGUUUAUCAUACACUGUACUGCACUGUACAUACAUUUCAAAAGGUCAGAAGAACUCCUGAAACAAGCAACAACAAUGAUUUCCUGUCAUCUCCAGAAGUUCUCUGAUGAUGCUGCUAUUGUAGGAUGUAUCCAGGGUGGUGAUGUCAUUGAGAAUCAGGGAGUGGUGGACAGCUUUGUGCACUGGUGUGAACAGAACCACCUCCAACUGAACAUCAGUAAAACUAAGGAAAUAGUGAUAGACUUUAGGAAAUCUGUGAGUGCUGUGGAGGUGGUGACCGAGUACAAAUAGCUGGUGUAGUGUAGUGUAGAGUGUACUUGGACAAUAAACUGGACUGGAAAAAGAACUUCUCAGCUGUGUUUGUUUCGGUGGCUUCCUGUUCUUCUUAAGUUUUAGGGAUAAUUUUCUUUAACUUGAUCUUCGCUCAAUUUUUCUCCAAAGGUAGAUUCAGAUGGAAAAGGUCAGGCAUCAGUACACUCAAAAUAGGAACGUUAUGUUGUUUCAGCGAGAUGUGCCCCUAAGCAGAUGAGCACAAAUGUAAUUUGCCACUAAAUAUAAAUAGGUUCAUUUUCAAAGAGGGACAUGUUUUCAGUGAAUGAACAGAGAGUAUAGGUCAAUGUCUCACUGUCCUGGCUGUAGCGCAGUGGCUAGCGCAUUACAGUACGCUCCUGUCCCCCAUGUCUUGGGUUUAAUCCCAUCAGAGAGGAAGUGCAUCAGGAAGGGCAUCCAGCGUGAAAACUUGCCAAAUCUAUCAUGAGACUCAUUCGCUGUGGCGACCCCUGAUGGGACAAGCCGAGAGGAGUUACAGGUCCAGUUAUAGGUCAGUUUCCUACUGGAGAAAACAAAUCAAAUCACAAUAGAAUAUAUGUUGGAUGUACAUCAGGAUGCCAUUCCUUCUGAAUGCUUUGUGUUUAGUCAUGAAUUGCUUUGGAAUUUCAGUCACAGAUUGGAGUGGAGCCAAUCACUGCUGUCAUUCAGGCAGGAGGCGGGGCUCAGCCUCGACAAGCCACCAGUCUGUUACAGAGCCACGCAUUUGUACAGACAGGCAAUCACACCUCUGGUUAACCUAUCUGCAUGAACUGUGGGAAGAAACCAGUAGAAAAGCCCCCACAGACGCAGGGAGAACGUACAAACUCCACACCUGGGCAACCUCAGGAAUCGAACCCAGAACCUUCUUACUAUGAGGCAAUAGCACCACCAUGCUGCCCUUUUUGACAGCAUCUCCCCCAAAUAUGCAAAUGUUUUAUUAAAACAGGAACAUGCUGUAUCUUUGGUCAUGAGGAUGAACUGAUCGUUAUGCUGAAAAUAUACGUAUGUCAUUAGAUUUACUUUUUCAUCUUACGUGCUUAAUGUACAUUAGAUAAUUCCUGUUGUCUCCCUUGACAGUUGUAGGGUUAUGUCUCUCUGUCUGUUGAGACUUAGUGCUCCUUCCUCUGAUAGUCAGACGCCAGUGAUGCAGGUGUGAGAAUGUAAACAUCUCCACACACGGCGACAGGGAUGGUGCAUGAAGUCUGAUUGGGCCACACAGACGUUCCACUGUAGUCGACAGAGGGGUUAAAAGGCAGAAGCAACUUGAGGAUCGUGGGCUCUUUGCAUCACACCUUCAUGGUGUGUGCACUGAUCUCCCCAGCUGGUUUUUGGUUUGUUGAUGUGCACGAUCAACAUCCAUGUUUUUGGUUUGCUUUCCCCAUUAUUUUCAUUUUCCUUUAUUUUUAUAUUAAAUCCCACAAAAGACAACUCUCUCAUCUGCCUCUUUAUGGUAAAUUUCCACCACAUUGUCACAGACACGAUAAUGAUUUCUCAGACCGAGCUUUCUGCCCAUGUCUUUGGUACUGGUGACAUCUUAAGAGAUUCUGCAGCAACACUGGGCGUUUGUCUCCUUGUAGACCGGUGUUGUUCAGCAAGAAGCACCGUGAUUCUGCACUUAAAUCCAAGCCUGUCUAACAAGUGCAUUACAUAUCAGACUGUUUAAAAGCAUUGUUAAAGUAAAAGUGCUCACCUAAAGCAAGCGUGUUUAUUGUGAUAUUUAUUCUGAUAAACAAUCACACAGAAUCACAACGGUAGCAUUACUGGAACACUAGUUUAACGUUCGUGCAACUGCAUCACCUCCGUAAGUGGACUAGCUUGUUGCUGCUUGUGGAGCUUUCAGGAUCUGCCGUGUCACAUCAAAGGACUGCGACAACUUCCGUGUUCAUUACUGUAGCUAAUCAGAGCAUGGAGGCAAAUUAAGGUCACGUUAUUUUACUUAUACAUUUUUGCACAAUUUUAACGCCACAAAUUAUAAGUAUAAGCACUGAUAGCGCUACUAAGUCUACAAGUACAAAUCUGGUUACAUACGCGCAGAUCGGUUUACACACGCACAGAUCUGGUUACGCACGCACAUAUCUAGUUUGACUCCAUAGAAUGGGCCAAACUAAUUUCUUCCAAUAUAAUCUGGCCAUGAAAACUGAAUUAUCUUGUAUCUGUACUUGCUGCUGCUUGACAUGCUGUCGACACUGACAAUGAAGCAAGAAGAGCGACAUCUCUUCCCUCUCUUCUCAUGACCAAGACAGAAGUGACAGGUAAUGCACACAAGGCUACGGUGCUACUAACGAGCUAUUUUUGGGCUUGUGAGCCCAAAUAUAGCUCGUUAGUAGCUCGUUAGUAGCACCUGUUGAUGAGGACAAUGACUUCAUGGGGACAUUGACAAUCUGUACUGGGAGGGAAACUUUAGAGUAGGCUUAUUAUAUAUGAGGGAUAUAUGAAGGAUCCAGACUCCGUCAGUGUCGUGACUGGGCUAUGCUUGGCUUCUUCUACGGUUAGCUAUAGUGCUGUAGCUCUUCACUGCUGACAUACUUUGGCACAACUAUAAUCAAAUACUGCUACUUGCUGGGUGGCAGCCAGUUCUACUGUACUUCUAGCUUCGGCUGUUGUUAGUUUGGUAGAGUUUCUUUUGGCUUUUUCAGAGCUGAUGCCCAUCAGAUGUGACCUUAAUGGGACCUUUCCUAUAUACUGUGUCUGCGAGAAGACCUUUAGUGAAUAUGUUGGAAGGCAGACGUUGCCAUGGAUACACCAUUGCUAUUAGCUGCUAGCCAUUAGCCAAGGAAAACAAAGGCCUGAUCCCAAGAGAAAAUCCUGAAAUCCACUUAGAGCUGAGGAGCGGGCACAGACCUGGCGAGAAGUGCGGCGAAAAUAUCUCUCUGUAAAAUGGUUGAAAUCAUCCACCCUGAUUAUAGAGCAGAACAAGACAUGAGAUUGUACUAUUUUCAGUCAGUGAGGAUGAGCAGGCGAACAAGGCCAUACUGCUGUGGUUACUGUUGCCAUCUCGUUCAGCAAACCCAAAUCAAACCUCUACCUCGCCUCUCUUACUUUAGCCGUUAUCAUUACUAUCUAUUUGGUAUUUUGAACUUUAUUACAAAUCUAUUUCUGUUGUCUUUAACAUGCAAUGGUGACACACACAUUGUCACACAUUUCUAUUCCUACAUGAAAAAUCAAAGCUAUGUCUAUUAUUGUAAUCUAAUUAAUUCUGCCCCAGUCUCAGCCAAGGCAGAAUAUUGUUGACUUUAUUUAAACUUAAGUCUUAAAAACAUUUAAAAUGUUCACUUUUAUUUUUAACAUUUAUUUGAAAGACUUAGUUACUAGUUACUUUUUAGUUUCAGAUUUAGAAGUAAUAUUAACAUUAAAAGGUUUAGAAGUAGCCCUGCAAAAGACUGGCGACCUAUCCAGGGUGUACCCUGCCUCUCACGCAUAGAUAGCUGGGAUAAGGUCCAGGACGGUCCGUGCAUGAAGUGCAAUUAAUUAUUCAUGUGUAAAAUGAAAAUUGAAUAACGUCUUUUUAUGUUGUGUUUCGU